GCCAGAGAAGGAUGAAGAACGCGCCCGCGGAGGGAGGAGGGCUACCCGCCAGCUCCAGCACCGCUCUGAGAUAUAAAGAUUCCAACACAUCUCAAAGUUUCUGUCGUCACCGCAGGCAACCCAGUGGACAAAGGAGAAGUUCUGCAUAGAAAAAGCUAGCAAAACAGUGCUUCUUUCAAUUUCACCCAAUGACAAACGGGGGAAAACUGCAGACAAUGAAGAUAGGCUUGCUCUGACUAUGGCAUGCAUGGGCAAAGCUGAGAAUGACCAAGCUAAGGACUGUCUGAAAGACUGCUGAAGAGCCAGUGGUGGUGGCAAUUGCUGUGCAUUUGAAAUGUCUUCUAUUGGGUAGCCUCAAAGCAGGAGAGGCUACCAUAGCCUCUCCCCGUGAAGAUACCCACCUCAGUUUCUGACAUGAAGAAAGAUAUAGAUGCCUUAAUAGCAGAAGAAAGGGUGGAAAUUAUUGCAAAGUAUGAGAAGGGAAGACAGGAAGGGGCUGAGAUUGACCCAUGGGAAGAUGCUGACUUCACUCUCUACAAAGUCACAGACAGAUUUGGGUUUUUGCAUGAGCAUGAGCUACCACUCCACAGUGCUUUGGAGGAAAAGCAAAAACUUCAGGAGAUUGAACGAGUGGACAAAUGGUUGAAGAUGUUAAGAAAAUGGGGAAAAUACAGAAACAGUGAGAAGAUGUUUCGAAGAGUUUAUAAAGGGAUUCCGCUCCAAGUGCGAGGCCAGGUUUGGUCACUGUUGCUGGACAUCGAAAAGAUUAAAGCAGAGAAUGAAGGAAAGUAUGAGAAAAUGAAAGAACAAGCCAAGAGUUUCUCAUCAGAAAUCAAGCAGAUAGACCUAGAUGUCAACCGCACCUUUCGAAAUCACAUCAUGUUCCGGGAUCGCUAUGGAGUGAAGCAGCAAGCGUUGUUUCAUGUUCUGUCUGCCUAUUCAGUUUACAACACGGAAGUGAGCUACUGCCAGGGAAUGAGUCAGAUUGCUGCUAUCCUCCUGAUGUAUUUAAAUGAAGAGGACGCCUUUUGGGCACUGGCUCAACUACUUACCAAUCAAAGGCAUGCAAUGCAUGGGUUUUUUAUUCCUGGCUUCCCAAAGCUGCAGAGAUUCCAGGCUCAUCAUGAGGCAAUCUUAAGCAAACUUUUCCCAAAGUUGAAAAAGCACAUGGACAAGGAACAGAUGUCUGCAGGGAUUUAUACAACAAAGUGGUUCCUGCAGUGUUUCAUUGACAGGACUCCAUUUACUCUAACUCUACGGCUAUGGGAUAUCUACAUCCUGGAAGGAGAGCGGGUUCUGACAGCCAUGGCCUACACCAUCCUCAGAUUGCAUAAAAAACGCUUGUUGAAAAUGUCCCUAGAAGAUCUAAGGGAAUUUCUACAGGAAAAAACUGCUGCUUCCUUGCAGUUUGAAGAUGAUAUAGUAAUUGAGCAAUUGCAAGCAUCCAUGGCUGAACUACGUAAAAUGAAAUGUGACCUUCCACCCCCGGCAAAAUCUGAAGAAUUUCCCAAGAAGCCACUAGGACUAGAGCUCUCUCUAAAUCUAGUAUCAGUGAAGCCCACUGUUGCAUCUAACGGCCAGAAAAAGGCUGCCAAUGAUUUUGACCUUGAAAAAGAUGCUGUUAUACAACCUUCUCUAGAUAAAAAUCCUUCUCACCUGACGGGAACAAUUGGUAAUUCAAAUUUGGCAGUACAUGAGAGAGUCUUGAUCCCACAGCCCAAUAGACCACCAUUGCAAGAUGAACCAACUGACUUGUGCCACAAUCUAUUCCAGAAUAACCAGCCAAGCCCAAACUCUGAUGUAGAGGAGAAACAACAAGAAAAUAGGGUGCAAUUGCCAAACGAGGAUGCCAAUAAAAUCCCAUCUGAGGAUUUCCCAGCAACACUGGAUGAAAUUCAGGUUAUUAUAGAAAGUCAAAAUAUGGCUACUGCACAUAAGGGGGAGGAUUACUUAGAGAGCAGCUGCACAGAGAGAUGCGGUUUACAGGAAAAUAACCCCUCUCUUUCUGUAGAUGAUAAGGAUCAUGUUGCUCCCCGCGUGCUAGAACAAGCAGUAAUUGACAUCAUGUUAAUGGACAGCUGUCUGUGUGACCCUAACAUGCAGAGUCAGGCCAUAGAAUCAGACCUGUCUAUCACUUCCAACAGUACAACAGCGUUACUGGAGCAAGAUUCACCAAGUCAAGUUCCAUUGCUUCUCUCCCUUGAAGGGCAAAGUACCUUGGAAUCACUAACUGUGCAAAAUGCAGCUGUUCUUCAAGACGGGAGUGUAGACUGCUUCUUUGAGGAUUUGUCUGGAGAUACAAUGCUGCUUCCAGAUCACUUGUGCCAGCCUACAAGUACAGACUCCUCUCCCUGUGGAUAUAGCCUGUCCUCAGUGUGUGAUGUGCCAGAAAACUUAAUAGUGCCACCUACCGUCAAAGCACUUGCUCGUCUCCCUCUCCCAUUCCAAGAUGGAAAGCGACGGCCUUCUAAUGUAUCUCAGUAUGAUAACCUGGCUGAAGAUGAGGGUGGAGAUGAGAAAUCUCCCACUCAGGUUUCCUGUUCUGAAGAACAAGAAGUCUCGGUAUCACAGACUGGGCUCUGCACUCCAGUCUUAAAGUGCAGAGUGCACAAAUCUGCAUCUGUUGGAGAGCUAGAAAAUCUGCAGAGACAAACUGGGCAAAAGGUAGAUUUGGUGCAACACCUAGAAGGACUUGAUGAACCCCUUUCAUUUCACAUCCUGCCUCAUCAGAAGAGACUCUCUAGUGGGGGCAGUGUGCCAAUCUUAUUUGAGCUGGACUCUGGUGCACUGUUACUGUCAGAAGAUUUCUGUGCUCGACCCACCUCAUCUGCAGAAUUACAGGAGCAGUGCAACGAGUUCAGAAUAGUAAAAACUAGCACCCCUCUUCACUUGGCUCAUGCUACAGAGCAAGACUUCUGCAGCAAAAAACAAGUGGCCCUGCCUUUGGCAGAGUCCAGCCACCUUGAUGUGGCUGAUAGUGAGAACCCUAUUCAGCCAGCUGGAGAAGCUAAAGGUGGAACUGCUAGUGAGUCUCUUCAGAAAUCACUAAAUGCUUUGAUUGACUUACCUGCUCCUCAAAGGCCAAAGCCAAAAUUACCACUCAAGAUUGUCAGAACCCAUUCCGAUAAUUUCUAUUCAGGCUGCUCCCCCCCCGUGCAGAUAUCUAAAUCAGUGACAUUCUAGGAGAACUGAGAAAAUGGGAGUGGUGAAAUUACAGUAACGCAGUGCCCUUUCAUGGGAGAUUGCUAGUGUUUUGCAAUGAGAAAACAGCUCAAUGUAUGAUGAGGGAGGCAAUUGUACUGCCAGUCAAGCUGAGGGUAAGAUUUUGAGACAGGGCUUAGAUACAGGCCAGUCUUCAGUAGGCAAUUACUGUGGGUAAUUAUUUAAAAACUUGGAUUUCCCCCUCCAGACUGUUCCCACAGUGCUUUUGAAUCUGCUUUUCAUAUCUCCUCCCUCAUAACUGGAUAGAAGUCUAAUGGAUUUAACCUGUCAAAACAUUUAAACUGUUUCCUUCUAGUAUCUUACAACUGAAAAAGUGAGAUUAACAUUGGAGUAGACAAGAAACAGAAGGAAUUGUUUGAGGAAACAGAUGACAACACAGUUGCAGGUUUUGGCCAGUAGCACAUUUUUCAGUAGCAAUAGUUGUUUUUUUCCUUAGCCAAUGUAGUCCUAUAAGUGAGGCUAUAGGUUAUUAAUGAUGGGGAAGCAAACUUUCACUUAGCAUCUAUGCAAUAUCCAGCACCUUUUGUGCAUAUGUGCCAUAUGGCUCAUGUUUCCUUUUUGCCCUCCUGUAGUGAAACCAGGCAUUAAAAUAUGCCUCUUCUUCAUUCUUCAGUUCCUUCACCCAUUUGCAAUGAUGGGGAAUAUCAAAGAUGAGUAACAGUCCCAUGCAAAAGAAUUAUUUUCCCUUCAGUUGAACUCUGAAAUAUGUUAUAUAGGAAGUAAAAGUAGUUUCUGAGGGAAGCAGUGGUGGUAGUGUAGAUUGCCUGCCUUUCAUAGCCAGGUUUAUGCCAAUGUGGUAAAUCCCUAGUGGUGUGCUUGAUGAUGCUGAUGCACUUGGACCAUGUGCAUCCAUCUGGAGGAGUAGCAAUAGCAGACAGAAGAGGAGCUGUUGCCUGUGUGUAUCUGUCCUUGUGCAGAUUCAGGGAAAUGAACAACCUAGGCUUCCAGGGCACAAGAACUGCCCUGCCUGGUAUUCCAUUGUAGCUGGCAAGCCCUAGAAGCAUCAUAGGAUCAAUUCCGCUUCAUUAUCAUCAUGCCUACUACAGCCUUGUAGCCAGUUUGUGGGCAAUAAUGUGCAGCCCAAUCCUUUGCAUUCUUAUUCACAGAUCAGUCCUGCUGAGUUCAGUAAGGCUUACUCCCAAGUAAAUGUGCCUAGAAUUGCAGGUUAGGGUUGAAUCCAGCAGAAAAGCUUGUGGAAGGAGUUGGCAGAAUGGCUUUCUUCGCCCUCCUCUUUCCCCAGGCAGCCUGCCAUUUGCCCCAAACAUCCUCUCAGGGGUCAGUCUCCCAAAUAAAUGCACUAAAGGACACCGCAGCAACAAGGAAUCCGGUAAAAUUGCCCCCUCUUCUGCUGGUUGCUUACCUCAGCAAUUUUACCUGCCUCUGUUGUCAUUGCAGUGCCCUGUACUGUGGUACGUUUUGUUUGCAAGGCUUUCCUGACCCUCAGAGAGGAUUUUCAGAUAAGUUGCAGGCUACCCUAGGGAAAGUGGUGUGGAAAGAUUUGCCCUGCAAACUCUUUCUGUGAGUUUUUCCGCUGAGACAACUCCUAGCCUUUCUAGUCUUGAUUCCACUCCUUCAUAGUCUCAAGUCCGCUGUUGACCAAAUGCACAGGUACAAAGACUAAAACCUGAACUCUGGAAGCUAACCUUUUUUGAAAAGGUGUGCUUUGCAAAUGUGUUACUGAAACCUUAGCUUUAAAAAAGAAAUUAACCAAGAUUGUUCAGAAAAAAACGUAUUGCCACUGGGGUUUCCUGGGGUCAAAUAGCUGUAGUGAAAAACGCAGCACUAUUGUGCAUCAGUAUUUGCACUCUCAUUUUUGGUGAAUAACUGGGUACUUUGAAGUAGAGGAAGAGGUAACGGCUGGACAAAAGCAGUGAAGGCCCCCUUGAAGCCAAAUUGAAUGGUUAUCAAUUUUAAGUAUUUCUGUCAGGAGUGAAUGUAAGUUAGAGAAAUGCAGACUGCAGCAAGCAAUUUGAGUUUCCUUUCAGCAUCCACAGGGGCAGGCUAUAUAAGCACAGCACUGGGAGCCAGAAUCGCCUGUUUCUCACCCCAACUUCAUCCGUAGUGAUGGUUGUUGUGUGUUUUCCGGGCUGUAUUGCCGUGGUCUUGGCAUUGUAGUUCCUGACGUUUCGCCAGCAGCU